CGAGGCGAGAGGGGCCGGGCGGCGGCAGCGACCCGGGACGGGCCGAGCCCGGAGCCGCGGCACGGCUGAGCGGCCCCAUCCGGGCCGGGGAGGGGGCUGGGAGGGGCUGCAGCCUCCCGUCACGGGCUCCCUCGGUGCGGGGCCCCGGGGGGAGCUGCUUGAACCGUUACACGGCGGCCCAGGGGAGCGCUGGCUGCCGCGGGAGGCCGGAGCGGGGCCGGGCCGCGGGACGAGCCGCGGGGAGCGCCGGGAAGGCGGCGGCGGCCCGCUCCGCGCCCCAAGCCGCGGGGCUGUCGUAAAGGCGCGAAGCGGGCGUUUGCGGCGGGUGCACUUUACGGCUGAGGCCGCGUUCCGCGCUCUGAUUGGCUCCGGUGAGGCCGCGCCGCUCUGUGAUUGGCUCCGCCGCGGCCGCGCCGCGCUCUGAUUGGCUCCGCGCGGGGCCAGGGGCGGUUUGAGCGGCAGCGCCCGGCGCGGCGGCGGCUCCGCGGAUCAGCGCGAUGCUGCCCCUGUCCCUGCUGAAGACUGCACAGAACCAUCCCAUGCUGGUGGAGCUGAAAAAUGGGGAGACGUACAACGGGCACCUGGUGAGCUGCGACAACUGGAUGAAUAUCAACCUGCGGGAGGUCAUCUGCACGUCCCGGGAUGGAGAUAAGUUCUGGAGAAUGCCAGAGUGCUACAUCCGUGGCAGCACCAUCAAAUACCUGCGUAUCCCCGAUGAAAUCAUUGACAUGGUGAAAGAAGAGGUGGUGUCCAAGGGCAGAGGCCGUGGUGGGAUGCAACAGCAGAAGCAACAGAAAGGCCGUGGUGUUGGAGGUGCUGGACGAGGUGUGUUCGGUGGCCGUGGCCGAGGAAUACCAGGCAGUGGGAGAGGCCAGCAGGAGAAGAAGCCAGGCAGGCAAUCAGCAAAGCAAUGAGGGGCUGGGAGCAGCCUGGCUGGGCCACUCGCCCUCAGCACCUCGGGAUUGCUGCGUGCGUUACCUUCCGACCCUCCCGCCAGCGCCCGGAUCGUGUCCCUUGGAACCUCCCUCAUCAUUUCAGCUGGGAGAGGAGCUGCCCACUCCUUGUAACCAGCAAAUAAUUGGAAAGAUUUAUUUUGGUUUUGUUAAAGAAAUCAUUUGUGAUCAAGGACUUAAGCUCUGCCUUCAGCCCAGAGUGAAAGCUCUGUUUAAUUUGUCAGGGUGCCCAGGUUUGGUUUCAGGGCUUCCCCUGCACAGGGCUGAGGGUGAAGGCAAAUGCUCUCUGCAUUGGUUGGGAUUCAUUUCUCCUUUUUGUUUUACUACUUGAAACUGAGGAAACUUGUUGCAUUUGUACCUGACCACGAGUAUGUUUUUUGGUUUAGAAACACUGCACUUGAGGAUGUUGUAUCUUGACAUGAGUAGUCUUAAGGGUUUGGGGUUUUGUUUGAUUCAAAACCAACCAACUUUUAAGCUGUUGCUCCUCUUUCUGACUGGGCAGCUCAGCCUCUCUCUUAGAGGAGAACUUGGGAUGAACACUGCACUGGCCUUCAAGGGUUGUUUCCAAGAGAGCUUUGUGAUAAAUGAGCAUUUCUCAAUUAGCCUAUUACAAAUUUGACUUCAGGUUAGAAGCUUCCUUUAAAGGGAAGAGUUUUCUGUGUGUUCUUGUGGAAGGCUGGUGUGUGCCCCUUGCUCCUCGUGGCUGGUUUUGGGGGGAUGGGGGUCUGCAAAGCAACUGAGCUGUUGAUUUAUUUCCCCCACACACUUUGUAAACUCCCCCUCGUGCCUGUGACACUGAACUCCAACAGUAUUUCUCAAGCUUACUCUGGUACCUACUGACUUGACUUCACCACACACACUUGUUUCCUUCUCCAGUCACCAGUUUUGUUUCCCAGGGGCUGUGGACCCGUGUGUCAGUGGUGCCCCUCCUGCAGUUACAGCUCUUGGGAAUUCCCAGGUAGGGUUACUCCAGUCUUCCAUCCCACGGGGUGCAGGAUCCCCUGAGCAAAAUGCACCCACACAAUAUCCUGGCGAAUCACAAGUGCAUCUCUGCAGGAGGCCACAGUGGGAAGAAAGAGGCUCUGGCUGUGUCCCACCCCCCUGAAUGGAUGAAACAGCUUAACUGUAGGGAAAAAGCUGAUUGUGUGACUUGUUCUGAACAGAUUUGGGGGGGGGUUAACAUCUCAUUCCCCUAUUGAAGAUUACUCUUUGCCAUCACCACUGUACUGAAAAUGAGUGAAGAACAUGCUUUUAUAUAUACUUAUUUUUGUACUGUUUCUAGAACUGGUGCACAGUGGUGAGCAGGAAUAAAUCACCAACCUCUACAGCAAA